UAUUGUUAAUUGGAAUAUAAAUGUAUUAAUUGUAUUUUUUUAUUUAAUAUAAUUUCAGCAAAGAUGAAAUAUCUUUGGCCGUUGUUGACGUGGAUUCUUCUGGCCUCAUUUCCAGUUGAUUCUUCACAAAGAAUCAAACGAGGACAAAAAAAAGUAUUUUUUCUAAAUCUAGAAGAUGGAUACUUUGGAUGUCAGGUCAAUGAAUCGACUGAAGUUUUACAAUUGCUCGAGUUGUCGAGACUGUGUGACGGAAAAAACGACUGUUAUCACGGAGGUGAUGAAGCCCGAAAGAAGCUCAAAUGCACAGAUGAUUGUACAAAAGAAGAUGGUACAAAGUGCCAAAAUGGUGUUUGCCUUGAUUCUGUUUGCCACUGUAAUGAUGGCUUCGGUGGAUGUAAUUGUCAAGAACCAGACGAAAACGAGUGCAAGUCAAAACCCUGUGAUAUUUUCGCCCAUUGUACAAACACUCUUGGCAGCUUUGAUUGUACCUGUUUCCCGGGCUUCAAAGGAGAUGGAUUUUCUUGUGAAGAUAUAAAUGAAUGUGACGAUCCAGCCUUAGCAUCACGAUGCGUUGAAAAUUCUGAAUGCUGUAAUUUGCCAUCGAAUUUUCUCUGUAGGUGCAAUCCAGGAUAUACUGGUGAUGGUGAAGAACGUUGUGACGAUAUCAAUGAAUGUGAAUUACCGAAUGCAUGUGGUGACAAUGCAUUUUGCGAAAAUACUCAAGGAAAUUUUACUUGUACGUGUUUAAAUGGAUUCAAAGGAAAUCCCUACGAGAGGUGUUAUGAUAUUAAUGAGUGUGAGCAUAAUAAUACUUGUGGUCUAAAGGCACAGUGUAUUAAUCUGUUAGGUAGUCAUCGAUGUGAAUGCCCCGAGGGAUUUCAAGGGAGCCCUGAAGAAGGUUGCACCGACAUCAACGAGUGUACGAGAAGUCCGUGUGGAAAAUCAGCAUUGUGUGAAAACUUUGAAGGAAGCUUUCGAUGUACAUGUCCCGAUGGCAUGGGUGGAGAUCCAUUUACUGGAUGUCACGACAUCAACGAAUGCAAGCUGAAUAAUCCUUGUGGUAAGGAAUCAAAAUGUGUAAAUGUCAAGAAUGGUUUUGAAUGCCGAUGUGCUCAAGGUUAUCAACACGAUCCAGUACUAGGAUGUACGGAUAUAAACGAGUGCUCAAGAAACAAUGCUUGUGCUUCCAAUGCAAAAUGCAUUAAUGUCCCUGGCUCAUACAAAUGUAUUUGCCCUCAGGGCUUCCUAGGACAGGGACUUAUUCUCUGUGAAAAUGUUGACGAGUGCAAAAAAAAUCCAUGUGGAGAAAAUGCUGAGUGUAUUGAUACAGUUGGAAGCUUUAUCUGCAGAUGCAAGCAAGAUUAUACUGGGGAUCCCUUCAAGGCUUGCUUCGACAUUGAUGAGUGUAGUGUACUGGAAAAUCCUUGUGGCAAAAAUGCAGUUUGUAAAAAUACUGUACCAGGUUAUACUUGUUUAUGUCCACCAGGAUAUAGCAAAAAUCCUAGUCCAACAGUUGCAUGUGAUCAGACGGACGUUACAACAUUAUGCAAAACUAAUUUUGAUUGUGUAAAUAAUGCCGAGUGUAUUGAGGGCCAGUGUUAUUGCAAGGACGGCUUCAAGGCCAUUGGUGCUGAGUGCGAAGACCUCAAUGAGUGUACAACAAAUCCUUGUGGUCCAUCAUCAGUGUGCACAAAUACCCGAGGAAGUUAUCAUUGCUCUUGUGAGACCGGUUUUAUCGGCACACCCCCACAUAUAUCAUGUAAAGCACCAUGUGAUGAAGUCACUUGCGGUGAACAUGCAUAUUGUAAAGCUGAUGGACAAGAAGCUUAUUGCAUUUGCGAAGAUGGUUGGACGUUCAAUCCGAACGAUAUUUCUGUUGGAUGUGUUGAUAUAAAUGAAUGUGAUGUGGUGAACGGACCUGUCGUUGUUCAAUUAUCUGUGGUUAAAUUUAAAGACGUCGACGAGUGUACAAGAGCAGGUGCUUGUGGUCAUGGUGCAUCAUGUACCAAUACAGAGGGUGAAUAUACGUGUACAUGUCCUGAAGGCACAAUACCUGAUCCUGAUCCAUAUAUCAAGUGUGUUGGAGUUGUUAGCUGUGAGUUGGAUGCUGAUUGCCCUGGUAAUGCUAUUUGUGAUCCUCAGAAAAGGUGCUUAUGCCCGGAGCCUAACGUUGGAAACGAUUGUAGACAUCCAUGUGAAGACGUGUCUUGUGGUCCGAAUGCUCAUUGUAUGUUGUUGAAUGAUAUUGCAACGUGUUUGUGUAGUAAUGGAUACACUGGUAAAGCAGGUAUUAAAGACGGCUGCACAGACAUUAAUGAGUGUGCGGUAAAUCCUUGUCCACCAGGAGCGGUCUGCAACAAUGAGGCUGGUUCUUUCUCCUGUCAAUGUCCAACUGGUACAACUGGUGAUCCAUAUAUGGGUGGUUGUAAAGAAUCUGAGCUUCCUCAUAAAUGUGGACCAAGCACACCUUGUCCAGCCGGUGAACAAUGUAUCAAAGAUGAAUUUAUUGGUAGUAGUGUUUGUAUUUGUCAACGUGGUUACACUCGUGAUGAACAUUCAGGAAAAUGCCGAGAUAUUGAUGAGUGCAUGGAACAUCGUGAUAAGCUGGCAUGUGGAAUAAAUGCGAUUUGUAAAAAUCUCCCAGGAAGUUAUGAGUGUCAAUGUCCCCCAGGGUUUAAUGGUAAUCCAUUUACUCUGUGUGAAGAAUGCAAUAGCAUUGAGUGUCAGUGUCAACCACCAUAUAAAAUUGUUAGUGGCAAGUGUAUGCUUGCUGAUUGCUCGAAAGGUGAAAACUGUCCGAGUGGUGCUGAGUGUAUCACAAUCGCUGGUGGAGUUAGCUACUGUGCGUGUCCUAAAGGUUAUUCAACACAACCGGAUGGAUCAUGUGAGGAUAUUGAUGAAUGCGCUGAAGGACGCCAGGUUUGUGGAUAUGGAGCAGAAUGUAUUAACAAACCAGGAUCACAUGAAUGUUUAUGUCCAUAUGGGUAUGGUGGUGAUCCUUACAAUGGACUUUGUUCACCAGCACAAAAACGUUGCACAAAUGAUCAUGAAUGUAAACCAAAUGAAAAAUGUGUACAGCCUGGAGAAUGCGUCUGUCCACCACCCUUCUUUACGGAUAUUUCGGAUGGUAAUCAGUGUAAAAACCCUUGUGAUAGAUUUCCUUGCGGAAUUAAUGCAAAAUGUACGCCAAGUGAUCCACCAAAGUGCAUGUGUGAAAGUAGAUAUGAAGGUGAUCCUCAACAUGGUUGCGUUAAUGUUAAUGAGUGUGCGAACAAUCCCUGUGGUAAUGGGGCAUAUUGUAUAAAUAAUCGAGGAGGACAUGUAUGUGAAUGUCCGAAAGGAUCUGUUGGAGAUCCUUAUGGAAAUGGUUGCUCUGGUAUUGCUCAGCCAAGAACAGAAUGUGACGUUAAUCAAGAUUGUGAAAAUUAUUUUGCUUGUAUUCAAGGAAGUUGUGUCAAUCCAUGUGAUAAUGUGCCGUGCGGACCUAACGCAUAUUGCGAGCCCGAUAAGCACGCACCAUGGUGUAGAUGUGUUGUUGGAUUUAUUGAAGGCAAAAACAACGAGUGUGUUUCACGUAAAUUUUAA